GGAAAAGCUCAAAAGUCAGGCAAUUUGUAGGUAUUUUAACAAGGCAGUUGAGCACGCAGAUGAUUCCAGUGGAAUGCUGACUUGCUGUAUAUAGCUUAUGAAGUUUCUGGACGACCAGCCUCGUCCUGACUGCUACUUGCCAUGCACGCCGUGAAAGGAAAAAUGUGGUGCUUCACUGCUACAACAGUUUUUCUCAUUUUUGCCAUCCACGGGGUGAGGACUGCUCGGCGUGUUGACGCCAAUGUCCAUCUUCACGAUGCUCUGUACAAGCGGCAGCUUCAGAUGGCGGAUGUGACGUCAGACAUGUCCAUGUGGCACCGAAGAGAAGUAGCCUCCCUUUCCAUGCCAGAACUUGGACGAGGCGAUGUCUUUAGGUCCGAACUCAGCUCUGGAGGUCACGAGGUCAGCAACCACAGUCCAGGGCACACAUUUGUUACGUCUGCAAGAGACGUUUAAAGGCAUGCCUGUAAACGAUGCCGUCCUAACGGUGACAACGGACAGUACAGAGCAACAUGUGUAUGACGCCAGUGGGACUGUGUAUCAGGGUAUAGAGGAGGACACGGACGGAAAAGGAAACAUCGACAUUCAGACCGCAUUAGACAUCUGUCUCACCUUGAAUGAAGAUGACGACAACAGAGAUGUCAUUAGUGAUAUCAAAACUGAUAGCCUAAUGUUCUUCGACGAACAGAACCAAGCCUACCCGGGGUAUUUAUUGAAGUACCUUGUAAUCAUGGAGACCGAAGAGCGCCGACCAGCGUGCGUUGUGGACGCACGUGACGGACGCGUUACUUGGAGUUGGGACGCCCUCGACACGUGCAACGAAUGCGUAGGCAAAGGCACGGGAGGGAAUCGCAAGAUCGGCAAGAUCCACUACGGGGAACUUCACAAAUGCCUGGAUGUCAAACGUGUCAAUGACACGUGCUAUACAGAAAACAAAUACGUUAAAGUUAUUGAUAACAAAGGAAUGUAUUUUAAAAACAAAACGAUAUUGUACAACAUCAGUGAGGCCGCUUCUUACAACUGCGUGGAAGCCACAGACGAAGUCAACGGUGCGCGUACUCACCCAUGCUGGAUGCUCUGUUUUACGGAACGGCUGUUGCGAGAAUGUUUGAGGACUGGUACAACACUACCCCGCUAGAUGGACAGAUAAUAUUGAGGGUACAUGUAGGGGUGAAUCUUGAUAACGCUUUUUGGAAUGGCCGCGAUGUUGAGUUUGGGGACGGCGAUGAAUCGGCGUACCCAUCAAUCAGCAUAGAUAUUGUCGGUCAUGAGAUUGGACACGGGGUAACAGAAAAGGCAUCAGAGCUCUUGUAUUUUAACCAAUGGGGGGCUAUCAACGAGGCGUUUUCAGACAUGAUGGGGGAAACAGCUGAAGCUUAUCUCUUGAAGGCAGACUGGGUCGUAGGUAACGACGUCACAAAAUAUGGAGAAUCUCCUCUGCGAUUCUUUGAAGACCCCACGGAUGACCACAAGUCUAUCUCCGAGGUCGAUGAGUUCACGGACAAAAUCGAUGUACACCAUGGCAGCGGUGUGUAUACAACCGGGUUUUCUUUCUUCUAGUCCAAGAAUACGAGCAGCCUAUUAAAGAAAUCUUCGGAGUCUUUCUGCAUGCCAACCGAAUGUACUGGCAUCACAUGUCUGACUACCACAGCGCUGCCUGUGACGUCAUGAAGGCUGCCUACGAUCUGGGUCAAGAUGGCACUCUCUUCCGCCGGGCUUUCAAAGAGGUCGGAAUAGAUGUCUGUGACACAAAAACUCAUGUCUUGGGUCUACGGGAUGAGAAGGUUUACGAUAACAUCACGGUGUCCAACGAAGUGUCCCCUGUAUUCCUGUUCAUGUUGCCAAAGCAAUUAAGCGGCGUAGAAAUCGAAGCCAGAAGCUCCACUGAACAAGUGUACAUUGUCGCGAGCAGCAAGGCCUGGGAUGCCGACGAGGAAGACCAGGUAAUAUAUGCCGAGAGCUACAGCUUCGUCAAAGCUGAAAUCAAAGUGAGCUCAAUUGCUAUCCCUGUGUACAUUAAGUUGUCAACUGUGUCAAAGGUUCCUCUUACGGAUGUCACGCUUAAGGUUUCUGCGUUUUUAUCUAAGUAAAUAGCAGAGAGAGUAUAAGUUUUGCAAUAUACUGUAUUUUGAUUAUAGACACGUGUUUCAGACUAAAACCAAUACUUGCUUACGAACCAUGGUAGAUCAAAAAUAAAGCCGAUAAAAACUUAA